CCUUUCCAACUAAAUCUUCCCUCGAAAUUCUUCCAUGGUCUCCUUCUCUGUGAAUGUAAGUUUCAGGUCCUCGAAAGUGUGAGUUUUUCCGUGCAUGCUAUAUUGAGUUAUGAAUUCGGGGUGAUUCAAAUGGGGAAAGGUAGACCUAGGGCUGUGGAAAAAGGUGUAGCAGGACAGAGUCUCAGUGUUUCAUCGUCUGGGUCAGUGAGUAUACCGUCAGGACCUGUAUAUUUUCCCACCGAGGAUGAGUUCAGAGACCCGUUGGAAUAUAUUUAUAAGAUUAGACCUGAGGCUGAGCCAUAUGGAAUUUGUAAGAUUGUACCACCAAAGAGUUGGAAACCCCCAUUUGCUUUGGAUCUAGAUUUUUUUACUUUCCCCACUAAAACACAGGAAAUUCACAAGUUACAGGCUCGUCCUGCAGCUUGUGACUCCAAGACUUUUGAGUUGGAGUACUCUAGGUUUUUAGAGGAUCAAUGCGGUAAAAAGUCAAGGAAGAAAAUUGUAUUUGAAGGGGAAGAACUGGACUUGUGCAAACUGUUUAAUGCUGUUAAGAGAUAUGGUGGAUAUGAUAAGGUUGUGAAGGAAAAGAAAUGGGGGGAUGUUUCACGGUUUGUAGGGCCAAGUAGAAAAAUUACCGACUGUGCAAAGCACGUCCUAUCUCAGUUGUACUCUGAACAUUUGUAUGAUUAUGAGAAUUUCUAUAGUCGGCUGAAUCAAGAGACAGGCAAGAAAGGCAUGCUUGAGGAUGAACAAAGUGAUCAUGGCAUUCGAUCUUCAGGAUCCAAGAGGAUAAGAAGAAGUGUUGAUUGUUUGAAAGUUAAGGAUUGUAAAGUGCAGGAGGAAGAACAUGACCAGAUUUGUGAGCAAUGUAGAAGUGGUUUGCAUGGGGACGUAAUGCUUUUGUGUGAUAGGUGUGACAAGGGCUGGCAUAUAUAUUGUCUGUCUCCACCCUUGAAGCAAAUUCCUCCAGGAAACUGGUAUUGCUUUAAUUGCUUGAAUUCUGACAGAGACAGCUUUGGUUUUGUGCCUGGUAAGCAAUACACUUUGGAAGCCUUUAGACGUGUGGCUGAUCGGUCAAGGAGGAGAUGGUUUGGACCAGGACCUGUUUCUAGGGUGCAGAUAGAGAAGAAAUUUUGGGAAAUUGUAGAGGGAUUGGUUGGUGAAGUUGAGGUUAUGUAUGGAAGUGAUUUGGAUACAUCUGUCUUUGGAAGUGGUUUUCCACGCUCAACUGAUCAGAAACCAGAGCCAAUUGAUUCAAAAUUAUGGGAUGAGUACUCUUCUAACCCAUGGAAUCUUAACAAUUUGCCUAAAUUGAAAGGGUCAAUGCUUCGAGCUGUUCAUCAUAAUAUCACGGGGGUGAUGGUACCCUGGCUGUAUAUUGGGAUGCUAUUCUCAUCCUUUUGCUGGCAUUUUGAGGAUCAUUGCUUUUACUCAAUAAAUUAUCUACACUGGGGAGAGCCAAAAUGCUGGUACAGUGUUCCUGGUAGUGAAGCCGGUGCUUUUGAGAAGGUGAUGAGAAGCAGUCUUCCUGAUCUUUUUGAUGCACAACCAGAUCUGCUUUUUCAGCUUGUAACAAUGUUAAACCCAUCUGUUUUGCAAAAAAAUGGAGUUCCAGUCUACAGCAUAAUUCAGGAGCCUGGGAAUUUUGUCAUUACCUUUCCCAGAUCUUACCAUGGCGGUUUUAAUCUUGGUUUAAAUUGUGCAGAGGCAGUUAAUUUUGCCCCUGCUGACUGGCUACCUUAUGGUGCAUUUGGAGCUGAUCUCUACCAGCGAUAUCACAAAGCUGCUGUCUUGUCUCAUGAGGAGCUUCUUUGUGUAGUCGCCCAGUACAGUGACAUUGAUACCAGAGCAUCUCCUUAUUUGAAGAAAGAAUUGCUUCGCAUAUAUGAUAAAGAGAAAUCAUGGAGAGAAAAACUCUGGAAAAAUGGUAUUGUCAAAUCAUCUUGCAUGGCUUCUCGGCAAUAUCCUCAAUAUGUAGGAACUGAAGAGGAUCCGUCAUGCAUUAUUUGCCAGCAAUAUCUAUAUCUUUCAGCUGUUGUGUGCAGCUGCAGGCCAUCUUCUUUUGUAUGUCUGGAGCACUGGGAACAUCUUUGUGAGUGUAAAACUGUAAAACUACGUCUUCUCUAUCGUCACUCACUUGCAGAAUUGCAUGACUUGGGACUUUCUGUGGACAAUUAUACUUCUGAUGAUAAAGCACUGUUUAGGAAUAUAAGAAAGCACUCUUCAUGUCCGGGCACUUUGACAAAAAAGGUAAAAGGUGGUUCCAUUACUUUCUCGCAGCUUGCUACACAAUGGCUUCUGCGAUCUAGUGAGAUUCUUCAGAAUCCUUAUUCAAGCGAUGCUGUUGUUUCUGUGCUGAGGGAAGCUGAACAGUUUCUUUGGGCCGGUCCUGAGAUGAAUUCUGUUCGAGAUAUGGUGAAGAGUUUGAUUGAAGCUCAGAAGUGGGCAGAAGGGAUAAGAGAUUGUUUAAGAAAAAUUGAAGCCUGGUUGUGUGAUCAGGACUUUGACAGAGAGAAAGUGCACCUAGAAUUUGUUGAUCAGCUGCUAACAUUUAAUUUUGCACCAUGCAAUGAGCCUGCUUAUCAUAAGUUGAAGGAAUAUACAGAAGGGGCUGUGUUGUUAAGUCAGGAGAUUAAUAUUGCUUUGUCAAAGUGUUCAAAGAUGUCUGAGUUGGAAUCAUUGCAUUCUAGAGUUUGUGGCUAUCCACUCUACGUGAAAGAUGUUGAGAAGUUGGAAAGGAAAAUUUCUUCAACUAAGGUGUGGCUGCAGAGAGCCAGAAGCUGCAUCUCCAUCAAACAUCCUGCUGCAGUAGAGCUUGAUGUUCUUUACAAGUUGAAGUCAGAGAUUAUGGAGCUUCAAGUACUGCUUCCAGAGAUGGACGUGAUUCAGAAUAUAUUAAGUCAAGCAGAAUCUUGUGGUUCAAAAUGUAGUGAGAUGUUAGAAGGUCCCAUGAAUCUGCAGAAUGUCAAGAUGCUUCUUAAGGAAUGGGACGGCUUUAUGGUUGAUGUACCUGAGGUGAAGCUUUUGCGGAAAUAUUAUAAGGAUGCUGUUUCAUGGGUUUCCAACUUUAACCAUAUUGUAGGAACAACACAUGAACGGGAGGACCAACAUAAUGUCAUCGAUGAAUUGAAGAGUAUUUUAGGAGAUGGUUUAUCAUUAAAACUUGCAGUUGAUGAGUUGCCAUUGGUUGAGACUGAGCUGCAGAAAGCUCUUUGUCGGGAAAAGGCUCUACAGGCAUAUAAAUCUAGGUUGUCUCUGGAAUUUGUUCAGGAAGUGAUGAAGGAGGCCAGACUGCUACAACUUGAGGGAGAGAAAUUAUUUGUUGGUUUAUCUGGUUUACUUGCUGUUGCCAUACCUUGGGAGGAAAGGAAAGUUCUAAUUUCACAUAAGGCUUCCUUCUCUGACUUCGGGGACAUCAUCAGGGCCUCAGAGAGCAUAUUUUUGAUUCUUCCUUCCCUUGAUGUGAAGGCAGCACUGCUGGAAGCUAAUUCAUGGCUAAUGAAUUCAAAACAAUUUUUGGUUUCUUCUACUUGUCCAUCAGAUUCUCCACUGAAAGUUGAGGAGCUUCAGUCAAAGCUUCUUAAAAUAUCUUUUGAAGAAGUGAGGAUGCUUGAAAUAGUUCUGCAAAACUGCAAAAAAUGGGAGUGUGAGGCAUGUUCUCUAUUGGAAGAUGCCCAGCAUACUUUUGAAUUGGAUGACGUUGUUCAUGGAAUAAGCAGUGGCCUAAUGUCCCAAGUUGAAGGUUGA